AUGCCCCACCCCUCCCUCCCCACCACCACAAUCCACUACACCACCCAACCCUCCCCCCUCCUGCGCCUUCUCCCCGCCGAAAUCCGCGAACUCAUCUUCCAGCACGCCUACGCGGACGUCAUGCCGACCCAGACCGAAAUCCCCAUCUCCCGCAUCCACGAAUUCUUGCCCUCCCCGGCGCUGCUGUACACGUGCAAGCAGAUCUACGCGGAGGCGAGGUGGUGUUAUUUGAUGGCAAGGUGGAGGUUUGGGAGGGAGAAGUGGAUUUUGGUGGGGGAGGAGAGGACGUUGGGGAGGGGGGAGGUGGGCGGUGAAGAGUUGCUGCAGGGCGAGGGGCGGGGUGAUGGGGAUGGAGUGGAUAGAAGGGGGAGGUUGGUGAAGACGGAGAUGGCGGAUGGGAGGACGGGGAGGUGGUGA